AUGUUUGUACUCUCUCGUCUGAUAGUGUUGUGUUUCACGGUCACCAUCGUAUACCAGAAAAUUGCCAAUUCAGCUCCAGUUUCAAGUCCAGAACCAAGUUCACUAAGCGCAGAAAGAUUCGAAAGACGGGACACUGUCAAUCCCUCUCAUGAACGAGACCUCAGUCGACUUAGACGUGAAAAUCAAGCAGCAAGGCAAGCAGUCCUUGAUUCGAUUGUCAAGAUGGAAAAUCGUCAACGACAAGAUCGAGCACAGGCAAGCAAAUUAAUGGGAGGAGGAGGAGUGAAUGCGCCAAAACACAAACAAACUGUUCAUGUCUAUCAACCUGAUUCAAGGGAAAAGGCACCAAAUUCAGUCGUGCUAGGCUUGCAAACGUCUUUCAAAGGUUGA